AUGUAUUGCAAAGGUGGUGCAGAUCCCACAAAGGAUGACCCAAACACGAAUCUUGCCGUGAACCCUCUUUAUAACCUCGCGAAAGCGGACUGGUGGUUUCAGCAUCAUCGAGGUUGUGACAGGGCUCCUCCCAUGGCCGGAGAAUUCCUCGAACUACCUGCGAAUGGCAAGGUCACUGUCGAGCUGGCACACAACCGCGCGCAUACCACGCUCUCUUACAAUGGCCAGAAAGCAACGGACUGGCCCGAUGGCAAACACCACCCUGAGGACUGGAACGGCUGGGGCACUGACGGCACCCCAUCUAUGUGCCUGAAAGAGGACGGUGCUAUGCAUACAUGGAACCACAGUUCCGCAGGUGGAACUGCCUUCGCCAUCAGCUACCAAUCCAACCUCCAAGACGUCACCAUGGAGAACCUGGUGGUGUUCACUACGCGCUACCACACCCCAUGGAAGAGAAUCGCAACCUACGAUGUCCCAGAUCUACCUGCGUGUCCUGAAGGUGGCUGCACUUGCGCAUGGCUAUGGGUCCCCAAUGACUGCGGUCAGCCCAACAUGUACAUGCAAGGCUUCAAGUGCAAUGUGACGGGCGCUUCCCCUACAGCCAAGCCCCUCGCCAAAGCUCAGGCCCCUGUCUACUGCGAAAAUGAGCCUGCGAAGUGCGUCAAGGGCGCAAAGCAGAUGCUAGCAUGGCAUCAAGCAACUGGCAACAACAUCGAGACUGCUCAGGGUGUUACGCCGAACUAUAACCAAAAGUGCGGCUGGGCGGAGGGUGCUCAGAAGGACAUCUUCGAUGUAGGAGCGGUGCAGGAAGCUGUGGCUCGACCUCAACCGUGGAGCGUGGACCCUUCUUCGGAUGCUAUCACACCGGCUGUAGCUCGCCCUCAUCCGUGGAGCGUAAACUCGUCCCCAGAUGCGAUCGAACCAGCUGUUGCACGGCCACAUCCAUGGAGUAAAGAAAACAAUGCAGUUGAGCCCGCCGUGGCUCGCCCCCAUCCAUGGAGUGCCGAGAACAACAAAUUCGAAGCAGCUGCGGCUAGACCGCAUCCAUGGCGUGCAAUCGCGUCUUCGGCCGUGGUUCCGUCUGGAGUUGCGGCUUCUUCGACCUUCGUUACCGGCACACCAGCUACACCGACUUCGGCUACGGAGGCCGUGUCCACGGAAUCGUGCUCUGUGAGACGGCCUCGUUACACGCCUGGUGUCGUGCACCGCUGGGUGUGA